AUGCCAAGUCCUCCACCAGAUCCGGCAUCACAGGCCGCGGCAGCUGCAGCUUUCCAACAAUUCACAAUCGAAGCGUGGACUCUCCUUGGAGUUGGAAUCGCAGUCACCAUCCUCAGAACAAUUUCUCGUAUUCGAUAUGCCGGCUUUCGAGGCCUAGGUGGUGACGAUUAUCUCGCAUGGGUAGCUGUUAUAUUUUAUACAGCUGAGACGUCUCUGGCUUAUAGCGUUGGUCAUGUAGCAAAUGGCCUUGCGAAUAACGGUAUGACGGAUGCGCAGCGGGCUGCGCUUUCACCAGAUGACCCGGAGUUUCGAUUGAGAGUAAUAGGAUCAAAAAUACAGCUUGCAGGGUGGUCGACGUACUCGACGCUCCUUUGGACACUCAAGGCGUCGUUGCUUGUGUUUUAUAUAAGACUGACGGAGGGCCUGGCUCGACAUUACCGCAUUAGAAUUUACAUUGGUUUCGCCUUUCUUGCAUCUAGCUACCUUGUUGUAGCUCUAAAUCUUUACCUCUCGUGUCGACCCUUUCAAAAGUUCUGGCAGAUAUUCCCAGACCCUGGAAAUGCUUGCCAACCCGCCGUGUCUAAUCAGAUUAUUUGGGUCUAUUGGGCAUUCAACGUAACGACCGAUUUAUACAUCAUAUCAGUCCCACUGCCUAUGCUAUGGGGGUCCAGUCUGAAGCCUUUGAAGAAGGCUGGACUCAUGCUUCUCUUCAGUAGCGGUAUUUUCGUCGUCGUGUGUGCCACUUUACGAUGUGUUUUAAUCGUACUGGACACGGAAAAUGGUGCACAAUUGGCCGGAUCUUGGGCUGUCCGAGAAACCUUUGUUGCCGUCGUUACAACUAACUUGCCCAUGAUAUUUCCUCUCCUCAAAGGGUUAUUUGGGCCCAUCUUCGGAUCCAUCCUUGACUCGAUGCGCUCCACGCAAAAGUCUGAGGGUCUAACACCAAAAGGCUUUGUCACUUUUGGAGGGACCUCCAAGAGUUGGCGGGGCCGCGGACCGCCGACAGCAAAUCCAAUAACAAAUUUCACAAUGAAUGAGAGCGAAGAGCGCAUGGUUGAAUCCGUCGGAAUGCAGAACCUCAAAGCCUGGAGCGAUAGCCGGGACCAGGACCAGGGACACCAAUUGGGACACGAUGAAGGUGGGGGUAUACGAAAGUAUGUUGAGAUCGACAUAGUGCAUGAAGAUCGGCCAAAGCAGACUACCUCACGAGUCACAAACAUCCGCGGAUAA